AUGAAACAAUCAAGUACAUCAAGAAGAAGAUCAAAAAAGAUCUGGAUUGACCUAAAGAAAUACUCUACUUCAGAAGAGGCUCUUCUGAGGCUCCUACCAGUGGUCAAAGCUUCCAACAAAGUUCUGCUGAGUGGCUGUAACCUCUCAGAGAGAAGCUGUGCAGCUCUGGCCUCAGUUCUCAGCUCCCAGUCCACUAGUUUGAGAGAGCUGGACCUGAGUGACAACAACCUGCAGGACUCUGGAGUGAAGCGGCUUUCUUCUGGACUGAAGAAUCCACACUGUACACUGGAAACUCUCAGCCUGUCAGGAUGUCUGAUCACACAUGAAGGCUGUGCCUCUCUGGCUUCAGCUCUGAGCUCCAACCCCUCUCACCUGAAAGUGUUGGACCUGAGCUAUAAUCAUCCUGGAGACUCAGGAGAUGAGCUGCUUUCUGCUGGACUGGAGGAUCCAAACUGGAGGCUGGACACUCUCAGGCUGCAACCCGCUGGAAGCCAAUGGGUGACUCCAGGUCUGAGGAAGUAUUCCUGUGAACUCACACUGGACCCAAACAAUGCAAACACAAAAAUCAAACUGUCUGACAACAAUAGGAAGGUGACCUAUGUGGAGGAGGAUCAGCCAUAUCCUGACCAUCCAGACAGAUUUGACUACUGGCCUCAGCUGCUGUGUAGAGAUGGUCUGACUGGUCGCUGUUACUUGGAGGUCGAGACGACAAAAGAGGUGGAUGUAUCAGUGACUUACAGAGGAAUCAGAAGGAAAGGCCGCAAUAAUGACUGCUGGUUUGGGUGGAAUGAUCAGUCCUGGAGUCUGAUUUGCUCUAAUGAUGGUUACUCUGUCUGUCACAACAUGAAAGGAACGGUCACCUCCUCUUCCUCCGACACCCCCUCCUCUUCCUCCUCCUCUGCCUCUCACAGAGUAGCAGUGUAUGUGGACUUGCCUGCUGGUACUCUGUCCUUCUACAGAGUCUCCUCUGACACGCUGAUCCACCUCCACACCUUCAACACCACAUUCACGGAGCCUCUGUAUCCAGGGUUUGGAUUUUGGCCUGGUUCUUCAGUGUCUCUGUGUUCUCUGUAG